AUGUCUCCAAGUGCUCUUUCAUCACCACAUUCUUCAGAAAUUACAGCAACCAACACGCUCAUAGUCACUAAUCUUGACCGUCCAGUUUUUUUACCUGAAAAUUUUGUGGAACUUAAAGCAAAUUUUGAACAAUAUGGAUCAAUUCAUAAAUUCAUUCCAAUAAAAUCAUUUAAUCGUAUGUUGGUGAUUUAUUUUCAAACUUCGGAUGCAAAAACAGCUAAAGCCUAUUCUGAUAGAAUGAUUUUUAUGGAUAAAGUUGUUCGUGUUUAUUACGGACAGCAUACACCGGUUAUUGAUGAAACAGAUUCAUUUAAACAUCUUAACAUACCAAAAUUAGAAAAAAAUUGGUUGAUUUCACCACCAGGAUCACCACCGUUUGGCUGGACCCCAACACACGAAACAGGCCCGAAUGAAAAAACUUUAGCUGAUGAUUUGACACACACACUUGUAAAUAUUUGUUUAAAUAAUAGCAAUAGUAAUGGUGUUGAUAUCAUUUACGAAGACAAAAUAGAAGAUUUUUCCUUAGACAAUGGUCAUAAUAGCGAUGAUAAUAAUAAUGAGAAAAGUCUACAAUUUAUGCCACCACCAUCAACGACUACCACAACUUCAAAAAUACCAAUCUUAAAAAUUAUAUCAAAUGAUUUAGGGGCAGAUGAUAACCACAGGGAUGAUGAUCCCAAAUCUAACGCAUCUACACUAUUUGAGAUUAUUGGGUGCAGGUUUCAUCGAAAUGAAGGUGGUCAAAAAUUAGCAUGUUAA